AUGUCUGAAAAGGCAAUGUCCCGUUCUUCGACAACCCAGGUUGAUUGCGAGAAAGAUAGCAGCAGUAACUCUGUCAGUGGCAAGUCGAAUCUCCUCCUGAACUCCAAGCUAGAGCGUAUCGUAUGGAGGAAGUUGGACCUAUGUGUCCUUCCUAUCAUUGCUAUGUUCUAUUUCCUGUCAUUCUUGGACCGCACAAAUCUGGGAAACGCCCGAGUUGCGGGCCUUCAAAGGGAUCUCAAGAUGAAUAACCACCAGUACAGUGUUGCGCUCACUGUCACAUACGUGCCUUACAUCGUGGCUGAGCUGCCUUCGAAUUUACUUCUCAAGGUCGUGGGCCCGAACUUGAUGCUUCCUGCCAUGCUGACGGUUUGGGGGAUCAUAACCACCCUCCAAGGGGUGGUCCAUAACUAUGCUGGACUUCUUGCAUGUCGAUUCUUCUUAGGCCUUUUUGAAGGCGGCGUAUUCCCGGGGUUGGUCCUCUAUUUAUCACUGUUCUACCCUCGACAACGACUCCAAAGUCGUGUCUCUGCUUUCUUUUCCGCUGCCUCUAUUUCUGGAGCCUUCUCGGGUUUGCUUGCCUUCGGUAUCAUCAACAUGGAUGGCGUCGGUAAUAGACCCGGGUGGGCCUGGAUCUUUAUCUUGGAGGGUCUAUUCACAGUGGUCUUCGGCGUCUUUUCGUUCUUCUUCAUGCCUCGAUCGCCUGAGCAUGCACGUUUCUUUAACGAGGAAGAGAAGGCAUACGUGAUGGAGAAGCUACGAGAAGAUAACUCCAUAGGCAACGAUCAAUCCGACUCCUUCAGCUGGAUUGAGGUUGGGAGGGCAUUCAUGUUACCACAAGUCUGGCUCCUUGCAAUCACAUUUUUCUUUGCUGGGUGUAUAUUGUAUUCGCUGGCAUACUUCGCUCCAUCUAUAGUUCAGGGGUUGGGCUAUACCGCCACUCGUGCACAACUGAUGAGUGUUCCCCCGUUCGCCGCCGCUUUCGUCACCUCCGGUAUCAUCGCCUAUAUAUCUGACCGGUAUCAUUGCCGCGGAUUCACGAUCAUCUUUUGUUCAUUACUCUGUGUAAUUGGGUUUGCCAUGUACUUGGGCUCUACCUCAUCGUCAGUACAAUAUGGUAGCCUCUUCCUAUCCAUCACCGGAACAUAUUGUUCUGCUCCAGCAUUAUCUACGUGGAGUGCGAAUAACGCUGCCCCGCAUGUUAGACGAGCUACAGCCAUUGCCAUAGGCUUUAUCAUGACCAACUCAGGCGGCAUCCUCGCUACUUGGCUAUUAGGCUCGUUAUCCCCUCCGCCAAGAUACACAAAAGCUACGAUCACCUUAUUGGUUUUCUCUGUCCUGAUGGUCGUCUUCUCAGCCUUCAACCUCAUGUACUUGUGGCGGCAAAACCAAACGAAGGCUCGUUUCAGAGCAUCAAACACUCAAAGCGAGGAGCCUGAGGGCUUAGGAGAUAGGAGUGCUUGGUUUGUAUAUAAUCUUUAA